GUUUAUAUGUGUUUAUUUAGUUAAAUUGACACGUUUGUGAUGAUUAUGGCACUUAAGCACGGAUUCUCACGUUAGCCUUGUAGCUUAGCUUCCUCGCGUGUUUAUUUACUGAUAUUUAGUUACAAAACAAACGAAACCUCGGAGCUUCAGUGUCCUGUUUGUGAGACACAGUGUGUGUUACAUGCAGAUGGCAGCAUUUUGUCGUCUGCCUCCUUUACCAACCAUCCGUGAGAUCAUCAGACUGUAUAACCUGAGGGCUCAGAAACAGCUGUCACAGAACUUCCUCUUGGACCUGAGACUCACCGAUAAAAUCAUCCGGCAGGCGGGGAACCUGAGGAAUGCGUGUGUGUGUGAGGUGGGACCGGGACCUGGAGGACUCACCAGAUCCAUCCUCAACGCUGGUGCAGCUGAUCUACUGGUUGUGGAGAAAGACUCGCGCUUCAUCCCAGGAUUACAGCUCAUAUCCGAGGCGGCUCCGGGGCGAGUCCGAAUCGUCCACGGCGAUGUUCUCACUUACGGGAUGGACACGGCGUUCCCGCCACACAUCACAAAGGAAUGGGAAGACGAGCCUCCUGACCUUCACAUCAUCGGGAACCUCCCCUUCAGCGUCUCCACCCCGCUCAUCAUUAAAUGGUUGGAGGAGAUGUCCAACAGGACCGGACCGUUCGCGUUCGGACGCACCAGACUCACGCUGACCUUCCAGAAAGAGGUGGCGGAGAGAUUAACGGCGAGCGCCGGCAGCAGACAGCGCAGUCGUCUGUCCAUCAUGGCGCAGUACCUGAGCACCGUGAACACCUGCUUCACCAUCCCGGGCCGAGCGUUCGUCCCCAAACCUGACGUGGACGUGGGGGUGGUUCACUUCACUCCUCUGGUUAAGCCACGCAUCCAGCAGCCCUUUAAGCUGGUGGAGAAAGUGGUCAGGAACGUCUUUCAGUUCCGCAGGAAGCACUGCCACAAAGGGCUCGAGAUGUUGUUUCCCGUGGCUCAGAGACCCAGGAUGACGGAGGAGCUCCUGCGGCGCGCCGACGUGGACCCGACUCUCCGUCCCGCCGACAUCUCCAUCAGUCAGUUCAGAGCUUUAACGGACGCCUACGGCAAGCUGUGCAGAGAAAACACCACCCUGUUCAGCUACGAGUUCAGAGAAGAGCUGCGGCAGAAGCGACACAGACACAGACAGAUGAAAUCGGAGCGAUGCUGACGUUCGACGAUCUACAGCAGCGACACGCCGCGGCGCUCAGGGACGAAUAUUUUACACCAUUUUUUUCUAUUCUAGCUGUUGAAUGUAGAAGAAACAAAGACUUUCGAGGUGAGA